AUGGCCAUUCUACUCGGGCUCUCUCCGGUCGGCCUUACAGCCGUCGCAUUCGUCGCGAUCCUGGUCUACCAACUGCUGCAGGUAGGAAAGCGUCUAAAGGGACUACCGCCGGGUCCUACCACGCUUCCAAUCGUCGGAAACCUUCAUCAACUGCCAGAGGAAGAUGUUCAUCUCAAGUUCAAGGAAUCGGCCGAUCAAUAUGGAGAGAUGUACUCGGUCAUGUUAGGAAAUCAGAGGAUGGUGGUGCUCAACUCACCUCGCGUGGUGAAGGACCUCAUCGACGCACGCUCGAACAACUAUUCAUCCCGCUCCGACCUGUAUGUCAGUCAAACGCUCAUCUCCGGAGGCUACCGACUCGUCCUGAUGCAGUACGACGACGGCUGGCGGCUUGCGCGAAAGAUGAUCCAUAGCCUGCUGAACAUCGAGACUGCCGUCCAAUACAUCCCCUACCAAGAGCUGGAGCUGCGCCAGAUGCUGGCAGAUAUGGUGCGGAAACCGAACGCCUAUCAAGAUCAUGUGCGCAGGUAUAGCACUUCACUUAUCACGAGUAUCGCCUUCGGAUGGAGGAGCCUGGCGUUCAACGAUCCCGAUUUCGCAGUCGCUUCGCAGGUCUCAGCAUCGAUGCUCGACUACUUAACCAUCCUGCGACACCUUCCCGAUUUCAUGAACCCAAGCAAGAGGAAAUGGAAGGAGCUCCACAGAGCAGAGCUAGCACUGUACAAGUCGUACAUGUUGAAGGUCAAGGAGCGCAACGAGAAGGGUAUUAAGAGCAAGAACUUCUGCGACGACAUGUUCAAGCAGCAGGAGAAGCACGGCUUCACGGAUGACUGGGCGUCGUAUAGGUGCAGAAAAAGGGUAAGCACCUCUGAUGGAACCUAUGCCGCACGACUGACGCCAUCCAGCCCAAGAAGAAAUCGACCGGGCCAUUGGCGCAGGCCGUCUCCCCACCAUGGCCGACGAAACGUGUGGGCACUAAACGACACCGAGCGAUAUCCCAACCCGCGCACCUUCGACCCAGACAGGUAUAAGGACGACUUCCUCCGCGCACAGGAAAGCGCGACGCUCAAUGAUCCCUACCAGCGCGGCCACUUCACCUUCGGAGCCGGACGGCGCGUGUGCCCAGGCCUGAAUAUAGCGGAGCGCUCGCUAUUCCUCGGUAUUGCGUACAUGCUAUGGGCAUUCACAUUCGAACAUGCGCUCGAUGAGAAUGGCGAGAAGAUCCCAGUAAGCAUAGAAGCAGUCACGCAAGGCAUUGUGUGUCGGCCUAAGCCUUUCCCGCUCAAGCUCGUACAGCGCGAUCCGGCGCGCAUCGAGGUGUUGAAGGCGUGGGAGAAUGCGAAGGACUUAUUGAAGACGUAUCCCGAAGGCAUGCGGAGUACGCAAUAUGUUGCGGAUUGGCAGCAGUUUACUGAGGAUGAGAAGUUCUAG